UGGGUAGCGGCUGCGCGCGGCCGGAGACGGGCGCCGCGCGGGAGUGUGCGAGGGGAGCGGGCUUGUGGGACCGAGGCGGCCGCGGCGAGCAUGGGGGCGGGCUGGCGGCGGCCGUAGUUGUCUGAGCCCGGGCUUCAAGCCUCCCGGAGCCCCAGAGGGCGGGGCGGUCCGGGCCCGGCGGUGGCCGCGCCGCUUCCCCGCUCCCGCCCUCGGAGUCCUGAGGGAGCUCGCGGCGGACGAGCGGACCGGGCGGCGCGAAUCUGACUGAGGGGCGGGGACGCCGUCUGCUCCUCGCCGCUCCCGGCCGGGCCGGGCGGCCCCUCGGACGGCCCCAGGCCCGGGACCGGCGCGGAGACCCGAAGCCGGGGCUAGAGGCGGGCGGUGGGCCCUGGCGGAGCCCCGCCCGGGGCCGGCGGUUCGGGGGCGGCGCUAGGCCCCGAGGCGCCCGGGCCGGAGCGCGGGGAGCGGGGAGUGCGGGGCCGGGCGGCGGCGGCAUGAGCCGGCCCCCGGCGACGGGGAAAAUGCCCGGCGCCCCCGAGGCCGUGUCGGGGGACGGGGCGGGCGCCAGCCGCCAGAGGAAGCUGGAGGCGCUGAUCCGAGACCCUCGCUCGCCCAUCAACGUGGAGAGCUUGCUGGAUGGCUUAAAUUCCUUGGUCCUUGAUUUGGAUUUUCCUGCUUUGAGGAAAAACAAGAAUAUAGAUAAUUUCUUAAAUAGAUAUGAGAAAAUUGUGAAAAAAAUCAGAGGUCUACAGAUGAAGGCAGAAGACUAUGAUGUUGUAAAAGUGAUUGGGAGAGGUGCUUUUGGUGAAGUGCAGCUGGUUCGUCAUAAGGCAUCACAGAAGGUUUAUGCUAUGAAGCUUCUUAGUAAGUUUGAAAUGAUAAAAAGAUCAGAUUCUGCUUUUUUCUGGGAAGAGAGAGAUAUUAUGGCCUUUGCCAACAGUCCCUGGGUGGUUCAGCUCUUUUGUGCUUUUCAAGAUGAUAAGUAUCUGUACAUGGUAAUGGAGUACAUGCCUGGUGGAGAUCUUGUAAACCUUAUGAGUAACUAUGAUGUCCCUGAAAAGUGGGCCAAAUUUUAUACUGCUGAAGUUGUUCUUGCUCUGGAUGCCAUACACUCCAUGGGUCUCAUUCACAGAGAUGUAAAGCCUGACAACAUGCUCUUGGAUAAACAUGGACAUCUAAAGUUAGCAGAUUUUGGCACAUGUAUGAAGAUGGAUGAAACAGGCAUGGUGCAUUGUGAUACAGCAGUUGGAACACCUGAUUAUAUUUCACCUGAGGUUCUCAAAUCACAAGGGGGUGAUGGUUACUAUGGGCGAGAAUGUGAUUGGUGGUCUGUGGGUGUUUUCCUUUUUGAGAUGCUGGUGGGGGAUACUCCAUUUUAUGCAGAUUCACUUGUAGGAACAUAUAGCAAAAUUAUGGAUCAUAAAAACUCACUGUGUUUCCCAGAAGAUGCAGAAAUUUCUAAACAUGCGAAGAAUCUCAUCUGUGCCUUCUUAACAGAUAGGGAGGUACGACUUGGGAGAAAUGGGGUAGAAGAAAUCAAACAACAUCCUUUCUUUAAGAAUGAUCAGUGGAAUUGGGAUAACAUAAGAGAGACGGCAGCUCCUGUAGUACCUGAACUCAGCAGUGACAUAGACAGCAGCAACUUUGAUGACAUCGAAGAUGAUAAAGGAGAUGUAGAAACCUUCCCAAUUCCUAAAGCUUUUGUGGGAAAUCAGCUGCCUUUUAUAGGAUUUACCUACUAUAGAGAAAAUUUGUUAUUAAGUGACUCUCCAUCUUGCAGAGAAAAUGAUUCAAUACAGUCAAGGAAAAAUGAAGAAAGCCAAGAGAUUCAGAAAAAACUAUACACGUUAGAAGAACACCUUAGCACUGAGAUACAAGCCAAAGAAGAAUUAGAGCAGAAGUGCAAAUCUGUUAAUACUCGCCUUGAGAAGGUAGCAAAGGAGCUAGAAGAGGAGAUUACCUUAAGGAAAAAUGUGGAAUCAGCAUUAAGACAAUUAGAAAGAGAAAAGGCACUUCUUCAGCACAAAAAUGCAGAAUAUCAGCGGAAAGCUGAUCACGAAGCAGACAAGAAACGAAAUUUGGAAAACGAUGUUAACAGUUUAAAGGAUCAACUUGAAGAUUUGAAAAAAAGGAAUCAGAACUCUCAAAUAUCCACUGAGAAAGUAAAUCAACUCCAGAGACAACUGGAUGAAACCAAUGCUUUGCUGAGAACAGAAUCUGAUACUGCAGCCCGAUUAAGAAAAACCCAGGCAGAAAGUACAAAACAGAUUCAGCAGCUGGAAUCUAACAAUAGAGAUCUUCAAGAUAAAAAUUGUCUGCUGGAGACUGCCAAGUUAAAACUUGAAAAGGACUUUAUCAAUCUUCAGUCAGUUCUAGAAUCUGAAAGGAGGGACCGAACCCACGGAUCAGAGAUAAUUAAUGACUUACAAGGUAGAAUAUCUGGCCUAGAAGAAGACUUAAAGAAUGGCAAAAUCUUACUAGCAAAAGUAGAGAUGGAGAAGAGACAACUACAGGAGAGAUUUACUGAUUUGGAAAAGGAAAAGAACAACAUGGAAAUAGAUAUGACAUACCAACUAAAAGUUAUACAGCAGAGCUUAGAACAAGAAGAAGCUGAGCAUAAGGCUACGAAAGCACGGCUGGCAGAUAAAAAUAAAAUUUAUGAAUCCAUUGAAGAAGCAAAAUCAGAAGCCAUGAAAGAAAUGGAGAAAAACCUCUCAGAGGAAAGGACGUUAAAGCAGAAGGUGGAAAACCUGUUGCUGGAAGCUGAGAAGAGAUGCUCUAUAUUAGACUGUGACCUCAAACAGUCACAGCAGAAAAUAAAUGAACUCCUUAAGCAGAAGGAUGUGCUAAAUGAAGAUAUCAGAAACUUGACAUUAAAAAUAGAGCAAGAAACUCAAAAGCGCUGCCUUACACAAAAUGACUUGAAGAUGCAAACACAGCAAGUUAACACACUAAAAAUGUCAGAAAAGCAGUUAAAACAGGAGAAUAAUCAUCUCAUGGAAAUGAAAAUGAGCUUGGAAAAGCAGAAUGCUGAACUUCGAAAAGAACGUCAAGAUGCAGACGGGCAAAUGAAGGAACUCCAAGAUCAGCUUGAAGCAGAGCAGUACUUCUCAACUCUCUAUAAAACACAGGUGAGAGAACUUAAAGAAGAAUGUGAAGAAAAGACCAAACUUUGUAAAGAAUUACAGCAGAAGAAACAGGAAUUCGAGGACGAAAGGGACUCCUUGGCUGCUCAACUGGAGAUCACCUUGACCAAAGCAGAUUCUGAGCAGCUGGCUCGUUCAAUUGCUGAAGAGCAAUAUUCUGAUUUGGAAAAAGAGAAAAUCAUGAAAGAGCUUGAGAUCAAAGAGAUGAUGGCUAGACACAAACAGGAACUCACUGAAAAAGAUGCUACAAUUGCAUCUCUUGAAGAAACUAACAGGACACUAACUAGUGAUGUUGCCAAUCUUGCAAAUGAGAAAGAAGAAUUAAAUAACAAAUUAAAAGAUGCCCAAGAACAGCUAUCACGGUUGAAAGAUGAGGAGAUAAGUGCAGCCGCUAUUAAAGCACAAUUUGAGAAGCAACUAUUAACAGAGAGAACACUGAAAACUCAAGCUGUGAACAAGUUGGCCGAGAUCAUGAAUCGAAAAGAACCUGUCAAGCGUGGUAGUGACACUGAUGUGCGGAGAAAAGAGAAAGAGAAUAGAAAGCUACACAUGGAGCUUAAAUCUGAACGUGAAAAACUGACCCAGCAGAUGAUCAAGUAUCAGAAAGAACUGAAUGAAAUGCAGGCUCAAAUAGCUGAAGAGAGCCAGAUUCGAAUUGAACUGCAGAUGGCCCUGGACAGUAAAGACAGUGACAUUGAGCAGCUGCGGUCACAGCUCCAGGCCUUGCAUAUUGGUCUGGAUAGUUCCAGUAUAGGCAGUGGACCAGGGGAUGCUGAGGCAGACGAUGGCUUUCCAGUUCAUAUCACUCAGUCACGCACUAUGGAAUCCUUGUCAUUCACCUACCAACGUUCCUCUACUUCUCUCAAUAUUGCCACUAAGCCUUCCAGUUCUCAUAUGCUUCUUGACUCUGAUUCUGACUCAGAAGAAGAAUCUUUGCCUUACUUACCUAUUUCAUCGGAACCUGAUGGUACAGAAUCAAGACUAGAAGGAUGGCUUUCAUUGCCUGUGCGAAACAACACUAAGAAAUUUGGAUGGGUUAAAAAGUAUGUGAUUGUAAGCAGUAAGAAGAUUCUUUUCUAUGACAGUGAACAAGAUAAAGAACAAUCUAAUCCUUACAUGGUUUUAGAUAUAGACAAAUUAUUUCAUGUCCGACCAGUUACACAAACAGAUGUAUAUAGAGCAGAUGCUAAAGAAAUUCCAAGGAUAUUUCAGAUUCUGUAUGCCAAUGAAGGAGAAAGUAAGAAGGAACAAGAAUUUCCCGUGGAGCCCGUGGGAGAAAAGUCAAAUUAUAUUUGCCAUAAGGGACAUGAGUUCAUUCCUACCCUCUAUCAUUUCCCAACCAACUGUGAGGCUUGUAUGAAGCCUUUAUGGCAUAUGUUCAAACCCCCCCCUGCGUUAGAGUGCCGCCGCUGCCACAUUAAAUGUCAUAAAGAUCACAUGGACAGAAAGGAGGAGAUUAUAGCACCUUGCAAAGUUUAUUACGACAUUUCGACGGCCAAGAACCUAUUGUUAUUGGCAAAUUCUACAGAAGAGCAGCAAAAGUGGGUUAGUCGGUUGGUGAAAAAGAUACCUAAAAAGCCUCCAGCUCCAGACCCUUUUGCACGGUCAUCUCCUAGAACUUCAAUGAAGAUACAACAAAACCAGUCUAUUAGACGGCCAAGUCGACAGCUUGCCCCAAACAAACCAAGAUUGCUUGAUUUGGCAUUUAAAGACUGGGAUUGGUCAUUUGAUGAUGUUGAUGGUGGUGAUGAUGAUGACGAUGUUUUUGAUUUCUGAAGAAAUAAAUGGGCUAGCUGCCUUCUGUGAAUGCAGUUGUUAUUCAAGGUGGUCAUAUUCUUCCAGUUAAAACAAGACUGAAAUAUGAUGGCCCAAAAUUUCUUAAAAAGCUAUAUUUUCCUGAGAGACUGAUACACACACACACACACACACACACACACACACACACACACACA